UUGAAUUAUUCCCCAUUUUCAUUUGAGCGGUACUGUGUCGAAAUGGGCAGAGAGGUGAGCGGCGGAGGCGGCGAGGCGAUUUGUGUCUUGUUCAUGGCGUUUGCGAGACCUCUCUCUCCUCGUGCUUGAGUCUUCAGUGCUGGUUUGGUUCAAUGGGGAGGCUGCGGAAAGUAUCUCACAAGGAUGUACCACUAGUCCCUUCUCUUGAGAGUGCAGAUUCUCAGCAUGAUAUGUUUGUGCCUAAUGAUUUCGCAGAUGAUUGUUCUAAUCCUAUGUCGUUGGAAAUCUCUAGUGAUGAUGGAGGGCUUGACAAAGCUCUAUUUGACUUCUAUAUGGACCAUAAAGUUAAAUGUUUGAAGAGGAGGUUAUCAUCUGCUGCAAGAAGAAACGUGAGGCUGAAGCGGUCUACUGAUUUGCCUGUCUGUUCCACUUUCACUAGAAAUUCUGGGAAGUUUUUCUCAGGUGUUGUCGAUGGUUUGCGUCCACGGUACAAGGAUGUCAUUGAGAAUUAUGGCAUGGGCUGUCUUCUUAGUUUCGUUAGGACUGAGGUCCCUCUUAGGCUUGUCAAGUGACUUGCUUCUAGUUUUGAUGUCCCUUCCUCUGAAUUCCAGUUAAAAAGAAAAUUUAUCCCCCUCACCAAGUAUGACAUACAUGGUAUCCUUGACCUCCCUGUAGAUGGUGAGCCCCUAGUUUGUGAUCCUGAGUCUGGUCGUGAUUUUAUCCUCUCUCAUUUCAAUCUUACCAGUAUUCCUCCAGUGUCCUUUUUCGCCAA